UUUAGUGUUGUGCUGAACCUAGCUCUCAGUGAGCUCGGUCGCAGUAAUGAAACAUUACGCUAUCAGUUAGAAGUGGACUGUUUGUAUUUGGGUGUUCUGUCUACUGCUGCAAAUGGAUGCUAAAUACCGCUGCUAUAUAUAUAUAUAUAUAUAUAUAUAUUGAACUCUGCAGGUUGAGAGUCUAACAUUGUGUCAGAACAGACGUGUGUGGAAAUAAUUCUUCAUCAUCUACUCCUACACAUACAACUGGACACUGCAAGGAAACAGAUGGCCGGUGUGCUGUGCAGCAGAGCCAGGCUGGUCAGUUACCUCCCAGGACUUCAUGUGUUGGUGCAUCGAGUGGCUGGAGCCAGAUCCUUCUCUGCUGCUGGAUCAUCUGGCUCUGAUGAGCCCCAUGUAGCCAUCACUCCUUCUGACAUGGGACUCUGUACAGUGUGGCCUGAUGAGAGCAUGGGGCCAUUUGGACCCCAGGACCAGCGCUUCCAGCUGCCUGGCAAUGCUGGUUUUGACUGCCACCUGGAAGGACUAGCAGAGCAUAAAACAAGCAUGCCAGACAAGAUGAUCUCUGAUGUACUGUCUGCGCCAUCCAGCAGUGAGAGACAUGAAUUUGUACUUUCCCAGUUCAUCGGAGAGUUCUUUGACAAAGAUGAUCCGGCCUCCUCUCAGAAUGUCAAUAGAGCUGAACAGUACUUUGAAAACUCCAGUGUGGAGUGUGCCAUACAGUCUUGCCCUGAACUACUAAAAAAAGAUUUCCAGUCCAUGUUUCCUGAGGCUCCAUCGUCUGCUAUGAUGGUGGUCACAGUGACCCAAAAGACCCAGAGAGAUAUGACGUCAUGGUGUGCGGAGGUGGAACAGGAGAGGGAGCAGAUGCUUGACAAGUUCAUAGAUGGAGCGAAGGAUAUCUGCUACGCUCUACAGAGAGAAGGAUUCUGGGCCGACUUUAUUGACCCAUCCUCCGGCCUGGCGUUCUUUGGCUCGUACACCAACAACACACUGUUUGAGACGGAUGACAGGUACCGUUACCUGGGCUUUCAGAUUGAGGACCUGGGCUGCUGCAGAGUGAUCCAUCACUCUUUGUGGGGGACACAUGUUUUUGUGGGGACAAUAUUCACCAACGCACCACCCAGCAGCCUGAUCAUGAAGAAGUUUCAGGGCAGUUGAACACCUGGGACGCUGCCUUUUCAGUAAAACUAUCCAUGGAUAUCAUCCACUGACUCCUCUGUUCUGUCCUUUGCAACAUGUUGAUAUUGAUUUACAUUAAUAGAUUUCAGACCCACAGGUUGAAACACUACUGUCAUUACAAUAAAGUGCUUCUUGACUAAA